UUUGAGCGAGGAAAUUAGAGGAUAACUAUAUGAGUAGAUCUGAAAAGCGAUGUUUGUUUACUUUCUUGAUAAGAAUUGGACUUCAUUAGAUGAUCAAAACCUUUGACUUGACAAAAAAUAGAUAUAUAUAUGUAGUGGCUAAUCCUCAUUGACUUAGUUAAAGAUAACUUCAACACAGAUUUUGUCUUUACAUUUUUAAUCAGAGUAAGAAGAAGAACAGUGCAAGCUAAGAUGUGUUAACUUCAGAUGCAUCAAGUCCCUAUUGAUAGAUAACCUGAUCAGGAACCAGAGAAACCUAGGGUUGAACUGAACUGGUUGCCAAACAUGGACAAUAUUUCUAUCUAGAGCAUUAUUAUUACCGCAUAUUGCUAUUUGGAAAAUUGAUUCCUGUUCUAAAUAUAAGUUUCUCUAAACUGUUGGAUUCAUGCUCCUGAAUAGUUUUAUCAAUCUUGUAAGAAUUUGGAAUUCAGGUUGUUGAAACAGAAUCAUAUAGCUUAUUAGAGAAUUGCAUUGGAAAAGAAUGGCAGACGGGGAACCGAGCUUUUGGGGUCCUGUCACAUCAACUACUGACUGGUGUGAAAAGAACUAUGUUUACUCUUUGUAUGUUGCAGAGUUCUACAACUCUUUAUCAAAUAUACCUGGUAUUAUCUUAGCAUUUGUUGGUCUGUGGAAUGCCUUGAGACAAGGCUUUGAGAAACGAUUCAGUAUCCUACAUAUGUCAAACCUUGCUCUUGCAAUUGGAAGCAUCAUAUUUCAUGUUACAUUGAACAGAGUGCUACAACAAUGGGAUGAAACACCAAUGGUAUGGGAAAUGCUACUAUACAUCUACAUACUAUAUUCACCAGAUUGGCACUAUCAAAGUACAAUGCCUACAUUCCUAUGCCUAUACGCAGCAGUAUUUGCGGUUGUGCACUCUUUCGUCCAUUUUGCAGUAAUCUUCAAGAUACACUAUACGUUACUUUGUCUUCUAUGCAUACCUAGAAUGUACAAGUAUUAUCUAUACACAGAAGAUAAAUCUGCAAAAUGGCUUGCAAGGUUAUAUAUAAUAUCGUUACUGUCGGGAGGUGUUUGCUGCCUGUUUGAUCGUCUCUUCUGCAAAUGGAUUUUGGGAUGGUAUUAUUUCAAUCCACAGGGACAUGCUUUGUGGCAUAUCUUCAUGGGUUUUAACUCAUACGUAGCAAACGCGUUUCUGAUGUAUUGUCGUGCUCAUCAACUCGGUUGGAAUCCAAAUGUCGCUUAUUGGUUGGGUUAUUUCCCAUACGUGAAGAUACAAAAACCCAAGAUAGAGUAGUUGAAGGAAGGCUCUUUUUUAUAAUCCAUUUUGAUCUGAUCUGACAAGAAGACGAUGAAGGGUGGGAUGGUGUAAAUGGUGGUUAUCUAUGCAGUCAGUAGUAGAUAAAAAGGAAGUUAUGGUAAGGGCUUUUUUUUUUUACUUUUACUUUUUUUCAUUUUUAGGAAUGAAUGAUGGUUUUAUUCAAUUGUAACAUAAUUUUGUGGAGUUGGUUGGUACUAUAAUGAUUUGCUUAUGUCAAUGUGUGCCACAAUUUGGAUCUCUCAAUUUAGAACACCUCGUUUGGAAUGGUGUGAAACUUUUGAAUUUUAAGUAUUCAUUAAAGAAAGGUACAAAACAAAUUACUGC